AUGAAGGAGAUUACUGAUUCCGUCGAUCCUAGGAUCAUGUUCAAGCAUCAAUCCCUUAUGCAGGAUUAUCACGGUCUCAUUCACAUCUCUCAGGCUUCUCUUGGUAAAGCGAAAAAGGGAGUAUCUGCCCUCUUGUAUGCCACCAUUGAUGACAAGAAACUCCUCCUUGGAACACUCUCUCAAGAUAGCUUCCCUCACAUCAACUUUGAUCAUCUCUUCUUUGACAAAUAA